AAUGCUAUUGCUGUCUGAGAAUGUCAAAACAACAUACAAGCAGGACUGGAGGUGAAAUUAUGGCUAAUGCAGAAAGUGGUGCUACUCUAAGAAAUGAAGGUGCCACCAAUCUGUUGCCUGGUCAUAUUCAGAAGAAUGUAGUGGGGGUCACAGGAGCUCCCUGCACAUCUCCUUCACUGGUGAAGGGUCUGGAGCGGGAGCCUGGGUAUAACUGGCAGGCUACCAAGAGCUCCCUGAAAGAGAGGUUUGCCUUUCUCUUCAACAAUGAACUGCUUAGUGAUGUGAAGUUUGUUGUUGGGAAGGGCAGACAGGCUCAGAAGAUCCCAGCCCAUAAAUUUGUGUUAGCAACUGGGAGUGCUGUGUUUGAUGCCAUGUUUAAUGGGGGAAUGGCCACCAGUUCUGUGGAGAUUGACCUGCCAGAUGUGGAGCCUUCAGCUUUUCUUGCCCUCCUCAGGUUUCUUUAUUCAGAUGAAGUACAGAUUGGACCAGAAACAGUGAUGACCACCCUGUACACUGCUAAGAAAUAUGCAGUGCCUGCCCUAGAAGCUCACUGCGUUGACUUUCUUACCAAAAAUCUGAGAGCAGAUAAUGCCUUCAUGCUUCUCACUCAGGCUCGACUGUUUGAUGAGCCGCAGCUGGCCAGUUUGUGCUUUGAUACUAUAGAUAAGAACACUGUAGAUGCCAUCAGUGCCGAGGGUUUCACAGAUAUUGACAUUGAUACUCUCUGCGCUGUCUUGGAACGAGACACACUCAGCAUACGGGAGAGUCGUCUCUUCGGGGCAGCAGUUCGGUGGGCUGAAGCAGAAUGUCAGAGACAACAGCUCCCACUAACCAUAGAAAAUAAAAUGAAAGUUUUAGGAAAAGCCAUGUCUUUGAUCCGCUUCCCACUGAUGACUGUUGAAGAGUUUGCAGCAGGUCCAGCUCAGUCUGGAAUUUUGUCUGAUCGGGAAGUGGUAAACCUCUUUCUGCAUUUUACAGUAAAUCCUAAACCUCGCGUUGAGUAUAUCGAUCGACCAAGGUGCUGCCUCCGGGGGAGAGAAUGUAGCAUCAACAGAUUCCAGCAGGUAGAGAGCCGAUGGGGAUACAGUGGAACAAGCGACAGGGUCAGGUUUACAGUCAGCAGAAGAAUAUCAGUUGUUGGUUUUGGACUUUAUGGUUCUAUUCAUGGGCCUACAGAUUACCAGGUCAAUAUACAGAUUUUGGAAUAUGAAAAGAAUCAAACUGUGGGUCAGAAUGACACUGGCUUUAGUUGUGAUGGAACAGCAAAUGUUUUCCGGGUUAUGUUCAAAGAGCCAAUAGAGAUUUUAGCAAACAUUUGCUAUACCGCUUGUGCAACACUAAAGGGACCAGAUUCUCAUUAUGGCACAAAAGGAUUUAAAAAGGUAGUUCAUGAACUUCCAUCAGCAAGCAAGACCUGCUUUUAUUUUUUCAGCUCUCCUGGCAACAACAAUGGUACCUCAGUGGAAGAUGGACAGAUACCAGAAAUCAUCUUUUACACCUAACUACUGCAAAGCAGAACCCUUGAAUCAUUUGGGAACUUGAAUAAUAAGAUCUUUUAUCUUCCUGGGUACAUUAUAUGUACACUUUAUUAAAAAAAGGAUUUGUUUUUUAUGUCUUUUUGAAUAUUGUGGUUGAUCCAUGAAUUAUUAAAUGGAAGAUUACAAUUUAUAGUUUGGAAUUAAAAGAAACAUUAUAAAACCUAUUUUGCCCGUAUUUAUGUUAUUAAUAGGUUCAAGCAAUACAGGUAAAAUAAAUACGUUAUUAUAUUUCA